CACUUGAGUUGAGCUUAGCUCUCAUUGAACGAAGCACAUCACUCCAACAAAAUGGUAAGGUUUACUAAAAGAGUUAUUCUGUUAUCUUUGCUUUGCCUUAAUGUGUUUGUAGUAAAUGUGGUUGCUAGAAAUGUAGUGAGUACGAAAGAGAACGAGGAAGAGAAGUUCCUAAGUAGCCAAAAGGGAGGUGGCUUUGGUGCCGGAGGUGGGUCUGGUUUUGGUGGUGGAGCUGGUGGAGGUGGUGGUUUUGGUGGAGGAGGUGGUGGUGGGUUUGGAGGAGGAUUUGGUGGUGGGAUUGGUAAGGGUGGAGGCGGUGGUGGUGGAAUAGAAAAAGGUGGUGGAGGUGGUGGUGGGAUUGGCAAGGGUGGAGGCGGUGGUGGUGGAAUAGGAAAAGGUGGUGGAUUGGGUGGUGGGAUUGGUAAGGGUGGAGGCGGUGGUGGUGGAAUUGGCAAGGGCGGUGGGUUUGGAGGUGGCAUUGGAAAGGGUGGUGGAAUUGGCAAGGGUGGUGGGUUUGGAGGUGGCAUUGGAAAGGGCGGCGGCGGCGGUGGUGGCAAAGGGGGAGGCAUUGGUGGUGGUAUUGGUAAGGGAGGAGGAAUUGGUGGUGGGAUUGGUAAAGGGGGAGGCAUUGGUGGUGGAAUUGGAAAGGGUGGCGGAAUUGGUGGUGGGAUAGGAAAAGGUGGUGGUGGUGGUUUUGGUAAAGGUGGUGGCAUUGGAGGUGGGAUUGGAAAAGGUGGUGGAUUCGGUGGCGGUGCUGGUGGUGGUGCUGGAGGUGGUGCAGGAGGUGGAUUUGGCAAAGGUGGUGGAGUUGGAGGUGGAGUAGGAGGUGGAAGUGGUGGCGGUUUUGGUGGUGGUGGUGGUUUUGGUGGAGGUGGAGGUGGAGGUGCAGGUGGAGGUGGUGGAUUUGGAGGUGGCGGUGGUUUUGGAGGUGGCGGAGGUGGACACCACUAAAGCUAAGCUCCACGAUGCAUGCAUGCAUGCAUGGAUCAAAUUGCUCUUAUUAGUCCAAUAUGAACGCGUGUUUGAUUGAAUGUUGUCAUUUUUCUUGUACAAUCAAGUGAACGGUUUAGUUGAAAUACUACAAUAUAAAUAAUAGCAAUAAUAAAUUAAUAAUCUCUUUUCCAAAUCCCAUGUACCCUCCUUUUGUUAUGGCCCUCGUUACUUCUUUUCUCCCCUCUACAAUACAUAUAUACGACGAAGCUUUUCUGAUCAGUCAGGUUAACGAAUUGUUGUAAAAAUGAAAAUCAAAAGCAUUAAAAUAUCAACAAUAUUUCUGAACCUUUAAUUCAA